AAUUUGUAAAAUUUAAAGCAAAAAUGAUAAUGCCCUCAACUCUAUUAACAUUAAUAUUUUGAUAGACAUCUUUUCAGAAACCGAUCAAUUAAUCUCUUGUCUCACUCUGUAAAUGCUCUCUCUCUCUCUCUCUCUCACCCCCCCCCACAGAGUAUGUUUUGUCUACAGUUUUUCAUUAAGCAACAUGUUGGAGACACCCUUCCUUGUUAAUAAUUAUAUAAAUAAUGAGCCAUGGUUUUAUUUGGUUGUGAAUUUAUUUGCAUGUGUGUUCCGUUGUGCACAUAUAUUUAUUGAGCCCAUUAUGCCCUGUGCUGGGCACUGAUGAUUGAAAUCCCAUUGUUUGCAUGGAUCUCAGCUUUCGUCACUUCUCCAGCUGCUUUCUCAGCUAUAGGGAAGUGCUCUGAAGUAUGCACCAGAAACCGGGCCCCUGCCUGCAGGUAGAGCCCGUCUCAUUCCUCCCAGUUACCAGCCCCUCCCCAGACUUUUCUACUUUCCUUCUUCCUGCUCUGCCCUCUCCACUGACACCAGGAGAGAUUUCCAUCUAGGGAGGGCCACGUGCGUUGAUGGGUGUUAUUCAGGGACGAGCACCUCCUGGGCUUCCUAAUGGUGGUACGGAGGUGAGGGGCAGUUAGCCUUGUGCUGUCGCCUCUUUUCUAGUGGUUGUGUUUGGCCCCUCCAGGAACACGCAGUGAAAACUGGUUAGCGUGCCACCUACUGCUUCUAAGUUUAGAGGAUAAAAAGUUACGGAGGACUUUGUGUGCCAUAGGUUAAGAACGGGCACUCUCGAACCCUCCAUUCACAGAGGAGGACAUGAAACCAGAGGGAGAGGGGCCAGGAUUGGGAGUAGGAGGAGUAAUUUAUUAAUGACAUUGUUUGCAGUUGCUAUCACAUGAUGACAAUAAGAAGCAAACUGAUUUUUAGCUAGUAUUAUUGUUUUAAAAUUCUCUACCAUACGCCUCUUAUUGCCGGCCAUUAGAGGGGAUCCCCUCCCAGUGCCUGUCCCGUGGUACACCCUUGACACCAAAGCUUAGAGAAGUUAGUGACCGCUGAGGGGUGGGAUGACGGCAGACAGUGGACCCUGAUCAAGCCUGCCUGGUGUCUAAGCCCGGGCUUCCCACCACACUGCUGUUCUGCCUUUAGUUCAGUGGCUCUUAACCAGCAUGGAUCCUUUCUCCCCCCACCCCCACCACACAGCAGGGGACCUUUGGAAAAUCUGGAGACUUUUUUGUUGUUGUCACAUCUGGAGAGAGUCCUACUGGCAUCUCAUGGGUGGAGCCAGGGAUGCUGCUAAACCACCUAGAGGCACAGCAUGGCCCCCCAACAAAGAGUCAUUUAACAGACAGUGUCGAUGUGCUUAGCUUGAGAAAACUGCUUGAGACAGCAGGGAGGUGCCCCGGGUUGCUCACGGGAUGCUGAAGAAAGAUUUAUUUCUUGUGGCCCAUAACACAACCCAGACAAGGAAUUUCUAAGUCUUUCUGCAACGUUUUGUGUAUACGGUACGUUCUCUUUUGGGCGAUGAUGAACAGUUGAGAGCGUAGAGGUACGUAUUUCUUCAGCAGCCUUGUCAAAGCUCCACUCAGAUGAAUACUGUUGAUUCCUUUAAUAAGCAUUUGCCGAAAUCUCCUAAGUGUUAGGCCUGUUCUGAAAGCUGAGGACGGAGUGAAUCUACAAAUACAGCAGCUCCUUGAAUAACUCGUUUCAUUCGAUAUUGUUUCAUUAUAAUGUUGAUGAGAACAAUCAAUUCUCAGCCAACGUCUGUGUGGAGUUUGCCUGUUUUCCCACGUGUGCGUCCCAUGAUGGGGUGGCAGUGUGGCCAGGGCAGGUUCCCACCUGGUGCCCUAAACUUCCAAGAUAGGCUCUGGCCACUUGAGACCCUGAACUGGAAUAAGUAGGUAAAUAAUUAUCUUGCUUGUUUUUAUUCAUCUUUCUUCAAUGUAUGUAUCACUCACAUUCAUUUUCAUGUGUAAUAUUGGAAGUGUUUUAGUCUUGUUUGGAAGUUUGGUGACGUGUUUGUGACCAGAAAUAUGCCGUAGGAACUUAACUCUUGUUUAUGUCAAUUAGCCUGUGGCUAAAUUGGUUUUGUGAUACAUCAUUUCAUGCAUAAGUUACAGUUUCCAAGGACCUGUCUAUAGUGUUGAGUGAGAACUUACUGUACUAUUUGUGCCCUCGUGGUGGUGGUGGGGAGACAGGAAACAGUGACAAUCCCAUGUGCUAAUAAUUGCUGGGGGGAACCGCUGGGGUUCUCAGAGGAAGGACACAAACCAGAGCAUGGAGGGGCCAGGGGAGGCAUCCAAGAAGGAACUCUGAGCUGAACUUUGAGUGCUCACCCCAGGCCCAGGAGCAGUUUGUCAGGUGUGCCUACGUCAUCAUCCUCAUGGCCAUUUACUGGUGCACAGAAGUCAUCCCUCUGGCUGUCACCUCCCUCAUGCCUGUCUUGCUUUUCCCACUCUUCCAGAUCCUGGACUCCAAAGAGGUGUGCGUCCAGUACAUGAAGGACACCAACAUGCUGUUCCUGGGUGGCCUCAUGGUGGCUGUGGCUGUGGAGCACUGGAACCUGCACAAGAGGAUCGCCCUGCGGACGCUCCUCUGGGUGGGGGCCAAGCCUGCACAGCUGAUGCUGGGCUUCAUGGGCGUCACGGCCUUCCUGUCCAUGUGGAUCAGCAACACGGCCACCACAGCCAUGAUGGUGCCCAUCGUGGAGGCCAUGCUGCAGCAGAUGGAAGCCACCAGCACAGCCACCGAGGCCGGCCUGGGGGCACUGGAGCUGGUGGAAAAGGGCAAGGCCAGCGAGUUGCCAGGGAACCAGGUGAUUUUUGAAGGUCCCGUCUUGGGGCGGCAGGAAGACCGCGACAGGAAGAACAUAUGCAAGGCCAUGACCCUGUGUGUGUGCUAUGCCGCCAGCAUAGGGGGUACAGCCACCCUGACCGGGACGGGACCCAACGUGGUGCUCCUGGGCCAGAUGAGCGAGUUGUUUCCUCACAGUAAAGACCUCGUGAACUUCGCCUCUUGGUUCGGGUUUGCCUUCCCCAACAUGCUGAUCAUGCUGCUGCUCGCCUGGCUGUGGCUCCAGUGCGUUUAUAUGAGAUUCAAUUUUAAAAAAUCCUGGGGCUGCAAGUCGGAGCAGGGCAAUGAGAAGGCUGCCUACGAGGUGCUCCAAGAGGAGUACAGGAAGCUGGGGCCCUUCUCCUUCGCGGAGAUCAACGUCCUGAUCUGCUUCCUCCUGCUGGUCAUCCUGUGGUUCUCCCGAGACCCUGGCUUCAUGCCCGGCUGGCUGUCUGUCGCCUGGGUGGAGGGCGAGACAAAGUACGUCUCUGAUGCCACUGUGGCCAUCUUUGUGGCCACUUUGCUAUUCAUUGUGCCUUCCCAGAAGCCCAAGUUCAACUUCUGCAGCCAGACUGAGGAAGAAAGGAAAACUCCAUUUUAUCCCCCUGCACUGCUGAAUUGGAAGGUGACCCAGGAGAAAGUGCCCUGGGGCAUUGUGCUGCUACUAGGGGGUGGAUUUGCUGUGGCUAAAGGAUGUGAGGCCUCGGGGCUGUCUGAGUGGAUGGGGAAGCAGAUGGAGCCCUUGCAUGCCGUGUCCCCGGCAGCCAUCACCAUCAUCUUGUCCUUGCUCGUUGCUGUGUUCACUGAGUGCACAAGCAACGUGGCCACCACCACCCUGUUCCUGCCCAUCUUUGCCUCCAUGUCCCGAUCCAUUGGCCUCAACCCGCUGUACGUCAUGCUGCCCUGUACCCUGAGUGCAUCCUUUGCCUUCAUGUUGCCCGUGGCCACCCCACCGAAUGCCAUCGUGUUCACCUACGGACACCUCAAGGUUGCUGACAUGGUGAAAACAGGAUUCGUGAUGAACAUAAUUGGAGUUUUCUGUGUGUUUCUGGCCGUCAACACCUGGGGACGGAUCCUAUUUGACUUGGAUCAUUUCCCUGACUGGGCUAACGUGACACACACUGAGACUUAGGAAGAGCCACAAGACCACGCACACAGCCCCGCCCCCCUGAGGACUACCGAACCUUCCGGCACACCUUGCACAGAGUUUUGGGGAAUCACACCCCAAAGUGACUCGAUGAGGCCCACACCCCACCAAGACCCAGCCAGUGGGCCACCUCUUUUCUUCCUGCAGGCCCGGACACAGAGAUGGAGAUGGGCGGCCGGAGGGCAGGCUCAGAACUGAAGGGAGCCCUGCAAGAGACUGCUGGUCCCCAUCUUUUCCGGGGCACUGCCAUCUUCUCUGGGACGGCGGGCAGCAGCGGGGCUGGGACACAGCUCCUGUACUCACUCAGCCUCGAGCAGCCGCCAUGCUGGCCUCACACUGGGCUCUGGUUUUCAUUUGCUUAGUCCUGGGUAGUUUAAAUGGGAAUCAGAGCCCCAGGUUGGAAGCUGAGAAAACAAGCUACCACUGCCUGUGCCUCUUUGGGCUCCCCUUGGGCCGCUUAAGAUCAUCUCUGUCACUCUGAAGGGGACACCCCAGCCAGGGGCAGGAUGCUGGCCUUGGGCAGCUCCCACCGCUGCAGUGAGAGUGGGAAUCGGAGCCUCCUGGGGACUCUCAGAACUCCUUGUGCGACCACCACGAAAGGAUGAGGGGUUUGAGUUGCUAACUUCAAGAUGACACGUGGCUUCCCUCCCACAGCGCACCGCUGGCAAGCCUGCUCCCCUCCUCGCCUGCUCCAUUCUGACUGACAGUUCGGACCCCUGUCCCAGCUCUCCAGUGAGCUUCCUUCAACUCCUAGCUUCCCCGUGCCUGGGCCAGCAUCUGCUGAGAUGCCCUGGCUGGGGCCCUCCGGCCUCCCCCUUCUCUCAGGGCAGGUUGGUGUGGCUCUUCCCUGCCUCCCUACACGGCUGGGGUCACACUCCAAGUAUGGGCGGUGAUGGCACUUUGGGGGCCACAGUGGGGUUUCUAGGUCCUCCUUUACCUCUCGGCCCAGGGUGGACAGCUGCUGAGGUCUGAUAGCUGAGUCACUUCAGAGUUUGUUUGUCACAUCAGAGCUUGAGCUUCUCUGGGGGAACCCCCCCUUUGUGACUGGCCUUUAUAGCCAGGCCUGGUGGUGACAGAGCAUCGCUGAGAAUGAGCAGUGCCCGGUGCUCCCUGAGCAGACAGGCCCUGUCUGUGAGUGAUCCGCCUGAAGUUACUGCGGCAGAGACCCCAGAGUGGGGCAAUGACUCUGGAGUGGCCGUGGGAACCCUCAGAACUCUCUGUGGGAGAGACGUGAGAAACAACCACCCUCUUGCCCCCAACCCCAUUUGCCUUCCUUCUGGUGCUGCUCUGGAAGAGAGGCAGUAGCAGACGGAUGAGGCCCUUGGGUGGCAUUUUUCAGGGCAGGAGGAAGUAUGGGAACCUAAGGAAACCCCAUCGAGGACCAAGUGUCCAUCUGGUUCCUUGGGUGGAAUAAUUCCUGACCACACUGUGGAGAUCAUGCCCCCAUUAAAUGCUCCGUCUCCCAUGGAAAGUUCCACUG